UUAGCCUAAACGCAACUUAACUUGCUCACUCAGACUUGCUUUUUAUUGUUAUUUGAGAAGUUAAGAUCAGAUAUGGUAGGUAAAUCAUAACAAUAGUAUAAUAGCAUAUCAACGUUUCUCAUUUAGUCAGUGUAUGAAUCUUUGUAUUUGUUUCUCUACAAGAAGAACAUUCGUGCGUAAAGUUGCGGGCCUCCUCUUCGCUCUCCAUCAGUAAACCAUGCACCCGUUUAACAGCAGUCUCGGUAACUUUAGUAUGAUGAUGGAGGUUGAGGACACGCCCCGGGAUGAAAAUCUUGCCAAAGUAGAGAUCGCGCUGCUCAGUGUUAUCUUCGUAAGCGCCUCUAUCCUGAACACCGGACUAUUACUGGUUCUGUGGAAGCGGCGCAAACAGGUCUCCAGGAUGCGUGUCUUCGUGUUCCAUCUGUGCAUCGCAGACCUGGUGGUUGCGUUUUUCCAGGUUUGCCCGCAGCUCAUGUGGGAAAUUACUGACAGGUUCAUUGGACCAGACCUGGUUUGCCGCUUGGUGAAGUAUCUGCAGGUAGUGGGCAUGUUUGCGUCCACCUACAUGAUUGUGGUGAUGACCAUUGACCGCUACCAGGCUAUAUGCAACCCCAUGGUCAAGUUUCAGAGGAGGCACGCGCGCUGGAACAUCCCAGUGUGCGUCGCCUGGACGAUCUCCCUCGUGGGCGGCCUGCCUCAGAUGUUCAUCUUCUCGAGGGUCCAGGUGGCGCCCGGGGUGUUCGACUGCUGGGCGGACUUCAUCCAGCCCUGGGGCCUGAAGACCUACAUCACUUGGACCACGCUGGUCAUCUUUGUCUUACCCAUUUUAACUGUGGUGGUGUGCCAGGUGCAAAUAUGUCGAGCCAUCCAGGUCAACCUUUAUCUAAAGACGCAUCAGGAGGGGGGCAGCGGCGUGGCCUUUCGACUGCCCUCCAGAACCAGCAGCGUGGCCGGGGUAUCCAAAGCACGAAUCAAGACCGUGAAGAUGACGGUGGUUAUUGUGUUCGUCUAUAUCAUCUGCUGGACUCCGUUCUUCAUGGUCCAGCUUUGGUCUGUUUGGGACAUGGACGCGCCGACGGAAACGACAACGUUCACCAUCCUGAUGCUGUUGGCGAGUCUGAACAGCUGCACAAACCCCUGCAUCUACCUGCUCUUCAGCGGCCAGCUGCCCAAGAAGCUGGAAACGGUGCUGUGCCGGAGUCCGUCCGAAGUGAAAGACUCCAUUAAUGAUGAGGCCGCGGUGGUCAGCUCGCUCUACGUGAGCUUCAAAAGCAUUUCCGACUCCAAAUAGAACGCACGGUUUUCAAAUCCCCACGGUGUGUUGGGAAGCAAGUGACUAGAGACACGCACAGUCAAUCAGGUAACCAACGGCGAGUCAAGGGCAGUUCUAAUGACGGGCCAUUUACUCCCUCGAUAUCAUGGUCAGGAUGUAUCAAGUGAUCUUUCGGGGACAUUAAAGCACUCACUAUAAUGGCGCCAGAAAUAGGUAGGAUAAUUGUGAGUAGGGUAUUUGCGCAAAUAAGCGCCAAAUCCUGGGGGGUAAACCCCCGCUAAUGGAUAAGCAGGUGGCAGGCGGUUGGUGCUGUAGGCUGGUGCUGGGUGUCACAGGGAGCUAAAUCACGGUUGUAAAACCUCUGUCAGACAACAUAGUAAUGAGAGACAUUGUGACAAGGUGUGGUGAACAUCUCGGUGGAGUCCAGAAAAUAGAUUCGUUUGGUACCUUAUGUGAAUAAUCUAGUCUAACAAAAUCCAUGUUAACACCUGCAAAUGGUUUGACAAAAUAUUGUAUAGCAGGCAUAU